AUGGCAAGCAACGCCAGGUCUAGAUGGGCCGAUAGCGCGGAAGAUGCAGCUCUGGAGGCCAAGCUGAAGCGGGAGAAGGAAGAGAAGAAGCGUAUCAAGGCAGAGAAGGCCCAAAAGGCUGAGGCCGACCGAUUGGCUCAACAGGUCAAAACGAGCAACGACAACGCCGCCGAGAAUCACGACGAGUCCCGACCAGCGAAAAGACGGAAAUUCACGCCAGAUCCCGAAGGCAGAGGCCUGGACGGCACUUCGAAUAAAAACGAAGGCGCAUUGAAACUCAUGCGCAUGCCAUUUGGCCAUUGGAGAAAGUGCCGCAGUGUCGAGAACUACGAGAAGCUGAACGACAUCGAGGAGGGUACAUACGGUUGGGUUUCACGGGCCAAAGAAUCCAGGACGAAUAGGGUGGUUGCUCUGAAGCGUCUAAAGAUCGAACCAGGCGAUCGUAAUGGACUUCCAGUCACAGGCUUAAGGGAAAUACAAAUCUUGCGGGACUGUAACCAUCGCAAUAUUGUAAAUCUGGAGGAGGUUGUGGUUGGAGAAGAGACUACCAAGAUCGAGAACAUUUUUCUCGUUCUAGAAUUCGUUGAGCAUGACCUGAAGAGUAUACUGGAGGACAUGCCUGAACCGUUUCUCCUAUCCGAGGUCAAGACACUUCUCCGACAACUAACGGCCGGCGUUGCCUACCUCCACGACAACUGGAUUCUCCAUCGCGAUCUCAAAACAUCGAAUCUUCUCCUGAAUAACCGUGGCCAGCUCAAGAUUGCAGACUUCGGCAUGGCUCGUUAUGUCGGCGACCCCCCGACAAAGCUGACCCAACUCGUCGUAACGCUGUGGUACCGGUCGCCCGAGCUGCUCCUGGGGGCCAAGACCUACGGCAAAGCCGUCGACAUGUGGAGUGUCGGCUGUAUAUUUGGAGAGCUACUCACGCGGGAACCACUUCUCCAGGGCAGCAACGAGGUUGACCAGGUCACGAAGAUCUUCGAGGUGUGCGGCGUGCCGACGCAGGAUAGCUGGCCGACAUUCAGGAGCCUUCCGAAUGCUCGCUCCUUGCGUCUUCCAAAGAACUCUCUCACCACAGGGUCUGUCAUCCGUGCAAAGUUUACAACGCUGACCAACGCCGGUUGUGCGUUGCUUAACGGUCUAUUGUCAUUGAACCCCGACUCACGGCCUUCCGCGAAGGAGAUGCUGGAUCACAUGUACUUCAGAGAAGACCCGAAGCCCAAGAAGGAAGGCAUGUUCCCUACGUUCCCUAGCAAGGCCGGCCAGGAGAGGAGGCGCCGGCAUGAACCUAAUGCGCCCGUACGUGGCCAGAAUGCGGUCGAGCUGGGAGAUGUCGACUUCAGCGGCAUCUUUCAGGGAAGGGACAAGGAAGAGAGGGGUGGAGGGUUCUCGUUGAGGAUGGUGUAA